UUGCAGCAACUGCCUAUGCGGAGGGACCAUGAAGGCACCACAUCCCCCUGUACUCCUCCGCCCAGAAGAUGGCGAUAAACUCACCCGAAGCGAAGCAGCAGCGGGGCCGAAGUGUCGUCACCACCGCCGAGGAAGUGGGAGAUGUAUGGUUGUCAUGUGUCAUGCAGUCGGGCUGGUGGUCAGCUGACUUACUGCUCCCCUGCGAUGUUUACUUUCUUUACGUAGUGCGUUAACUUGGGAUUCUUUGAAUGAAUGCAUCGGUAUGCUUGGCCGAGGAGAACCAUGGUAGUCGUGAACUCGGUGCUGAAGCUGUUGCAGAGGCAGACGUACACCUGUCUGUCCCACCGAUAUGGGCUCUACCUUUGCUUUGGGGGGCUCGUACUCAUGAUAGUUUCUGCCUUUCAGUUCGGAGAGGUGGUGGUGGAGUGGAGUCGAGACCAGUAUCAUGUGUUGUUUGACUCUUAUAGAGACAAUGUGGGAGGGAAAUCCUUCCAAAGCAGGCUCUGUCUGCCCAUGCCUAUUGAUGUCGUGUACACAUGGGUGAACGGCACAGACAUGGCUCUGCUGAAGGAGCUGAAGACCGUCAAAGAGCAACUGGAGGAGGAACAAAGAGCUCUGAGGGAACGCCUGGGGAAAAAUGCCAGUGAGACAACUGAUGUGCCAAAAGCCAGUGUUAAACCAGAAUGCCUGCUGUCUCAUUGCAUCAUGGCACCCAUGCUGGCUCUGGAUCCGGCUUUGCCAGCCAAUGUUACGCUCAAAGAGCUGCCGUCGCUCUCGCCCGCCUUCUCUACUGCCAAAGAGCUGCUGCUGAUGAACAAGCCUUUCCAGCCGUCCACCUCCGCAUCUGUGGUUGUCUUCCAUUCGCAGGCUGAUGCUGAUAAAGCGUAUACAGAUGUCUCCAGAGAAGACCAGAAGUUCUCUGCAUCCAGAUGUUACCUGACAACAGAUAAAGAGGCUCCUGGUCUGAUCCGGAUGCAGUCUCUGGCGUAUCUGAGCGGUUUCCCAGCCACCUUUAAAGAGACGGAGCAGCUGAGAGUCAAACUGCCGUCUGUAAUCACAAACAAGAUCAAACAGUUCGAGCUGUACUCUGAAGCCAGCAUCGCCCUGCUCCACCUAAAAACCCCACAGGACUUCACAGAUCUGACCCAGCAGGCCAAAAAGAACCUGACCCUGGAUGGAAAAGAGUUAACCAUCAGCCCUGCCUACUUGUUUUGGGACCUCACUGCCAUCUCACAGUCUAAACAGGAUGAAGAUGUGUCUGCCAGCCGAUUUGAGGAUAACGAGGAGCUUCGCUAUUCGCUGCGGUCUGUGGAGAAACACGCCCCAUGGGUGCGACACAUCUUCAUUGUCACCAACGGGCAGAUUCCCUCAUGGCUAAACUUGGAUAACCCCAGAGUGACAGUCAUCACACACCUGGAUAUCUUCCAGAACCACAGCCACCUUCCCACUUUCAGCUCCCCUGCCAUAGAGACCCACAUCCACCGCAUCCCAGGACUCUCCCAAAAGUUCAUUUACCUCAAUGAUGAUGUCAUGUUUGGGAAAGAAGUCUGGCCAGACGACUUCUACAGCCACUCGAAAGGACAGAAGGUGUAUCUCACCUGGCCUGUCCCCAACUGUGCCGAGGGCUGCCCGGGAUCCUGGAUCAAAGAUGGGUACUGCGACAAAGCCUGCAACAACUCUGCUUGUGACUGGGACGGAGGAGACUGCCUUGGCACGGCAGGGAACAGUCGAUUCGCUGCUGGGGUCGGCGGAGGCGGGCCUGGUGGAGCUGGCGGACAGGUGUGGCAGUUUGCCGGCGGUCUGGGAGGUCUUGGGGGAACGUCGUACUGCAAUCAAGGCUGCGCCAACUCCUGGCUGGCAGACAAGUUUUGUGACCAGGCCUGCAAUGUUCUCACCUGUGGUUUUGAUGUGGGAGACUGUGGCACAGAGCACUUCGGAGACCUGCACCGUGUGACCCUGCUGAGGAAUCAGACCCUGUACACCCUCCCUCUCGGUGAAACCCGUCCGUAUUUCAACUUCGACAGACUCGCUCGCAGAGUCUCCGAGGCCCACGUCAGCGAGAACAGUGUACUUCGCCACACCUCCGUCGCCAAUAAGUGGAAGACCAUCCACCUGCUGCUCCACUCGGGCCACAACGCCACCCAGCUCCAGUACAACCUCACCCUCCAGAGAGAAGACAACACAGAGUUCACCAUGAGCUUCAACGUCGCUGCCGACACCCGUGUAGUACCGCAGGCUAACGUUUCUCAAGCGUCCAGCAAAGACGCAGGCAACGAGGUGACGCCGACCCCAACUCCAGAGCCAGUGUUCCCGUUCUCGGAUAUCCCCGAGAUCAAACGGGGUCCGAAGGUCCAGAAGAGACAGCCUGGUGACCCAGAGUUUGUCAUAGAAGCUCCCGCCCUGAAUGUGUCACUUCUUCCUGCUGCUGUGCGCAAUGAGCUGCAGAAGCUGGAGGAGAAGCUCCUGAUCGGAGACAUCACUAUGAAGGGUUACAACCUCACAAGGGCGGAAAUUCUAAAACCCUUCGACUCACAGCAGCAAGUCAGUGAGUCGCAUCCGGAUAAUGAAGGUGCUGGCAAAGUCAAGGGGAAGCCCUAUAAAGACUUAGAGGGAGAUCAGUUCGAAGGGAGAAAACCUGUCGGGGAUGAAACCGGAAAUGUCAAUCAAAAAAGUCAGAUAUUAAAAGAAGAAAUAAUCAGGAAGGAUGCUUCAGUGCAGAAAAAAACAACAACUCCUCUCAUCCCGGUCCUUGUUGACGACGAUCAACAGAUGAAAGACCUUGAAACACCCAAACGUUAUAAUCUGAAUGCAGCAAUCGAGAAGCCGAGUAUUUCCAAACUCCUCAGCAGCAUUUCAAAAACAAAGAGUGCAGAGAAUCAGGCAGAACCAGCCGAUGCUGCCGACAGAGCUACGAUCGGCAGGAAACUCCAACACUUCACCUCCGCAGACCGGGGCUUCCUUCCAUGGGAGAGGAGGAAAUACUUCCAGGAACUGCUCGAGGUAAGAGUUGCUACAACUUCUUCUUUCCUUUUUGUGUUUUGGUUAUUUUCAUUUGAUUUCUUUGUGAUAACUUCACAGGAGGAGGAGCGUCUGCAGAAAGAGCUGUCGUACAAGACUGAUGACAGCGCAACAGGUAGAAAGCUGCAGGACACUUUUGCUGACUCGCUGCGCUACGUCAACAAGCUGCUCAACGGCCAGUUUGGAUUCACUUCCAGGAAAGUCCCGGCGCACAUGCCACACAUGAUCGACAGGCUCAUCAUGCAGGAGCUGCAAGACACAUUCCCUGAGGGGUUUGACAAAACAUCAGGCCACCGUGUUCGCCACUCAGAGGACAUGCAGUUCGCCUUUUCAUACUUCUACUUCCUGAUGAGCGCUCAGCAGCAGCUCAAUGUGUCUGAAGUGUUCGAUGAGAUUGAUACAGAUCACUCGGGUGUCCUGUCCGACCGGGAGAUAAGAACUCUCGCCACAAGGAUCCACGAGCUGCCUCUCAGCCUCCAGGAUCUGACGGGCCUUGAGCAGAUGUUGAUAAACUGCUCCAAGUCUCUACCGACUAACCUGACCCAGCUCCACCUGGUGAACCCAACACAGGAGGCUUACUAUGACCCCAGCAUGCCUCCUGUCACCAAAGGCCUCAUCCUGCACUGCAAGCCCAUCACAGAACGUAUCCACAAAGCCUUCAAAGACCAGAACAAGUACAAGUUUGAGAUCAUGGGGGAGGAGGAAAUAGCUUUCAAGAUGGUGCGCACAAAUGUGUCUCACGUGGUCGGCCAAUUGGAUGACAUCAGGAAGAAUCCAAGGAAGUUCAUCUGUCUGAAUGAUAACAUCGACCACAGCCAUAAGGACGCAGCCACAGUGAAGGCCGUGCUGAGAGACUUUUAUGAGUCCAUGUUCCCGCUGCCGUCCCAGUUUGAACUGCCCAGAGAAUAUCGCAACAGGUUCCUGCACAUGGAGGAACUCCAGGAAUGGCGAGUGUACCGGGACAAGCUGAAGUUCUGGACCCACUGUGUCCUGGUGACCCUCGUCAUCUUCACGGUCAUGUCCUUCUUCGCCGAACAGCUGAUUCUGCUAAAGCGAAAGCUGUUCCCCAGACGCAGAGCCAACAGGGACAGCAACCCUGAGCGGGUGUGAAGGAGGAAGACUUCCCUCUCCUCUCCUUACUGCACCUCCAACUCUCCACCCUUUCUCUCCUGCUCAGAAGAGGAAACUGGGAGUGGAUUCAGACCAUGGGGACUGGGUGGAAACAGGAUGCUGGAGUCCCCCCCGGUGCUGGUGUUGCAUCAGCACGGACUGAGGAUACUGGCUCAUGAGAAAUAAUGAUGAAACAUUUUUUCCAGGGGAUGAUGGAUGGGGCUGGCCGUUAGAAGGAAUGGACGCCUGAAAGAAGAAGCCUGUAAAUGCUCUGGUGGUUCAUGCUGGUGGCAUGUCAGACUUUUGUACAACUGUCACUGUAAACACAUAGAAAAACAAAACACUCCUCACUCCUGCUGUCCUCACCAGGCUCACUGAUUGAUGUGCUGUUAAAGUGUGAUGGUCAGGACCCAUGAUGUAUGUGUGUGUCCGUGUGUUUGUGUUCAUAAAGCCUCAUGAAGUUUUAACAUAAAAUCCACAUACUGUUGUUUCAAUUCAAACCACAUCAGUUUGUAGAUGGACAGAAAACAACCAGGAACUCAACUGAAGACUGACCACAGUUUGUGGUUCCUUUUCAAGGAAGAAACGCCAAAUUUAUGAUGGUACCAGCUUCUUAAGUGUUUGUUUUUCACUACUUUUCUUUGUUUUAUUUCAUGUAAGUUGAAUAUAUUAAAGUAUUUUGAUUGUUUGUAAAACUGACAAGGACAUGCUAAGACGUUGCCUUGGGGUGCAGGGAAAUUACCAUGGGAAUACGUAUUGACAAAGGAUUACAGAUUGAAAAAAGUUGGCACAUGACCAAGAAAUGGUACCAGGAGCCCUUUUUUUUGGCAUCUAUUGGGCUGACUUUGACAGAAGAGGAUAAGGCUCAUUUUUUUUUUAAAUUGGAGAGCAGGGAAGUAAAAAAAACAAGUUUCAUUUGUUAUUAUUUUAAAUUAAUUUUGACAUUUAAGUCAAAAUUCAGAGGAAAAUUAUGAAUUCUGAGGAAAAAGUCUGAGUUCUGACUUUAAUCUCAAAGUUCGAAAUUCGCAAUUUAUUCUUAAAAAUUCAGAAUUUGGAAUUUAUUCUCAAAAUUUGGAAUUUAUUCAUAAAAUUAGGAAUUCAUAAUUUAUUCUCAAAAUUCGGAAUUUAUUCUUAAAAUUCCGCAUUCAAAAUUUAUUUUCAGAAUUCAGAAUUUAUUCUCAAAGUUUGGAAUUUAUUCUCAGAAUUCGGAAUUUAUUCUCAAAGUUCCGAAUUUAUUCUACAAAAUUAGGAAUUCGCAAUUUAUUCUCAAAAUUCAGAAUUCGCAAUUUAUCCUCAAAAUUCGGAAUUUAUACAGAAAAUACAGAAUUGAUUCUCAAAUUUCGGGUAUAAUUCUCAGAAUUACGAGAAAAAAGUGUUGAAUUUCUCAGAAUUCUGGGAAAAAAAGUCAGAAAUUUGGAGGGCUGGCGAGCGAAAAAAAAAUACUGACAUUCAAUCGGAAUUCUGACUUUAAUUAUAAUUUUUUCAGUGGCUCUUAUCCUCUGCUGUAGACUUUAUUUUAGGGAAAUAAGUAACAAAUAUGAGAUAGUAUCAUUCUAAUAAUUUAAGUGUCAUCUGUCAUAUCUUUCUAUGUUGUGUUUAAGAACAUACAAACUUGAAGUGCCUUCGUUUUUCAUUCCUGCUUGUUUGAACUUUUUUGUUUCUCUUUUUUUUAAAGCCUGUCAUGUAACUCUCUAAUCUGGUGAGCUAAAAUAAGAAUGAAUGGGAAAUAGGAAACUAUCAUAAUUGCUCUUAUGUGGUACAGAUAUUAAUGAUUGUUGGAGCAACAUGUGAGUAAUGCUACAGCUUUCACAGCCACCUGUAUGUGUGUCCCCGUGGGACUCAACAGGCCUUGCUACUGUCUGAAAUUCAGACCCCCUCAGCAUGUUGUGUAACUUAUUUUGAUUGUGUUCUUGUGACGGUGAGCCCCGUGAAUGAUGCAUCUGGAAAUGAAUGCUGCAGAAUGUAAACACAGCCUCACACACACAGCUUGUCUGAUGAUAUUUUUUUCUCUCUCUGUCUCUGUCAGUUUUUCAAAGUUCUUUAAUAUAAUGACAAAAAAGUAGCGAACACCUUGACUGUCAGUAUUUGGUGAUUCCAUAAUGGUCACAUGAUGUACAGAAUGAUAUCAGCGGAUGAUAUUAUGGGAAACAUAUCUUGAAGUUUAUCAGACUGCAUCAGUUCAAUGGCUCCUCAGACUGAAAUAAAAAGUGAUAUGGUUCAGUCA